AUGAACGAAGCGGACCCAGAUCUGACCAAGCAACUAGGCUUGGGAGUUUUCGAACCUCUUCCUGAGGAAGUACGCGCGAUAAUAUGGAAGAAAUUGAUGCCCCGAGGCAAGACCGAUAUGUCAGAGCCAGCUCAUCGAUACGGGAAGUUGAGUAUACUACGAGCCAGCAGAAUUCUCCACGACGAGGUAAUAGCGCUGUUGUACAAGAAGUCGAUGUUAACCCUCGACUUUUGCCCCGAGAAUGCCAAAUGGGUCACAAUCAUCUACCGGUGUUUUGGACAAGAGUGGCCAGGGAAGAAGGAGAUUGUGAAAUCUGCUUUCUGGCAUAUCAACGACCCGUUCGAACUGCAUUCUAGAGGAUUUGCAAACUUUCCGUUUUGGCGACUCCAGCUGCUGGAGGUGAUUGCCCAAGAGCCGAAUCGCAGGUUUCCCCGAUACAUGUUUUGGCUUGUGGUCAAAGCCACGCUUGUCUUUCGGAUCCUCCAUCGAGCAUUCGAGACUGAGGGGUUAUUCAUUCGAAAUUAUGCGUACACGGGCCGUGGCGUGUUUAAAAGGCCAUCCUUCCGGCCAGGCUAUGGAAUAAUGUGUCGUUCUUCUGAAGCAUUACAGCAAAUCAAGAGCCUCUACAUGAGGUUUUAUCAGAAUGACGUGCAGUAUCUCAUGGAGGAUAUGCCCCUCGCGGUCCCGGCUUACGGGGGAAACUACCUGAAAGCCUCUCGGACAAUAAACCAUUGGCUCCACUCACAAAAGUGCUUCUGGAACUACCCCUGUGAUGCUAACCGUCAUGGACUUCGUGCCGAGUGGGUCAGGUCGGCUCUCACGCAGAAUGACAGUUCUUUUUUCGAAUUCCACAGAUACUACUGGGAGAUCUCUACGACCAAUCCCCAUAUAAUUGAGGAUUAUAACCGCGCCUUCGAGGCUGUUCUAAUGGACAUGCACGUGGCGCUGGUGAGUCUGUAUAAUUUCGUGAUUGAGAGAGACCGCCGACCGGAGAGACCGCCGCUGAGGCCGGGGCACCAUGUCUUCCGACGCAUGGUCCCCGCGGAUCUGAUGGACGUGCAGUACGAUAUGGACGUGGAGUCCAAUUAUCGGGAGUAUAUGCAUCUCUAUGGCUACCGCUACGAAGAUGAAGACAACUGA